AUGUUUCGUAAUCAAUCAUCGUAUUUGGCGAAACCACCGAGUGAAUUGAAAGCAAAAUCAGCCUCUCGUGGGAAAACUGUGGUUGAUUUCACUGGCCGUUUAAUUAAUGGGAGUUUACGAUAUCGUACGUCUGAUGAACUACAAUCAACUUUUUCAACACCACCCCCGCAGGACUCUCGAAAACGUGACAAAGACUCUGAUGAAUGUUCAAAAACCUGGGCUUCAAGGUUAAAGCAACUUCCAUGUUAUCUACAGCUGCCUCCUAUAUCUCUACCUGCUCGACUAGAUGCAGUGGCUAUCGACUAUCUCCGAGAGAACUCUCUUUCUCCCCCGAAAGCGAUCGAAGAUCGUUCUAAAAUUCUUACAAAUUACCUGUGGUCGCGCCCUCUUAUAUCUGAGGGAAAAGUUAUCCGGAAAUCAUCGAAAAUUCAGGACUCAUGGGACUUGGAUUCAUGUGAUGAAGACGAAGGUCUGAUGUUCGCUCUGAAGAACUUUACUUCUCAACAUGAAGCCCAAAUUAGUAGAGAGUUGGAUUUAAAGUCAUGGAAAUCACUAAGUUACUCUGGGCACACUUGUGAGUUGUAUCUUGUCUCACGUUUGGCACCCAACUUUGCUACCGUUUGCCGCGUCUUGUACGAAAUUCGUAAACGAUGCCCAAGUUUUAUUCCAAAGUCAUUAUUUGAUUUUGGCUCUGGGCUCGGAACAGUCGCCUGGGCAACAAACACAGUCUGGCCAGUUGGUUGCGUACGCCAGCAUUAUUUGGUGGAACCGUCAUUGCAUAUGACACGAUUAUCGGAGUUUAUGUUUCAAAAGCAGGGGAGUGCUCAAUUCUCUGAAUCUGUGUUUCCGGGUGUUUACCAUCGCCGCUUCAUGCCUAGUACCAAGAAUCAAUAUAAUUUGGUAGUUUGUGCUAACACUUUACUGGAAAUCCCAUGCAAAUCUUCUCGUUCACGUGUUAUUUCAUCUUUGUGGGAGAAAACAACUGAUUUCCUCGUCUUUAUUGAACAAGGAACAAAGUCCGGAUUUCAGGCAAUACUUGAAGCAAGAGACUUUCUGCGCAUAAAUGGGGGAUCUGAUGUUCAUAUUUUCAGUCCGUGUCCUCAUGCUCAGACUUGUGGAAAGAAGGAUUCCAACUGUAACAUUGUUGUACGAUACUAUAACUUUGGAUUAACGCGAUUCAAAAGUGAACCGUCUAGCGAGCUUAUUUCUUAUUUGGUUGUAUCAAAGGGGGAUUGGCGAAGACAUCAAAUCCCAGUCGUAAAAUCUGAAUCUGACCAAUUGCCUCGGAUUGUUACUCACAAACUAUCCAAAAAUGAUCAGCCCAUUCACGAUAUAUGUAUGCCUUCUGGUGCAGUUGAACGUGUUCUAUUCCCUAAACAACAGACUGAUGCGUGUUUAUAUUACUACAUGAAACAAGCACAUUCUGGUGAUAUCGUCCCUGCUGAAGUGGUGACCACAAAUGACUCAGACCAUAUGAUUGAGUGUUUGAAUGAAGAAGAGAAAGAAAAUAAACCAUCUGCAUAG